GACGUCACUCUGGCGCUCCAACAGUGGCAAUUGGCGACGAUGUUGUGGUUGUCCACGCCGCCGCCAACUAUUUGACAAGCAUAUUGUACCUACCACAGACAGACAGUCCGUGGAGGUGCGGUGUGAGUGUGAGCUCGUCCACGCAUGGAGUUGUGCUCGGACCGUGUGGUGGCAACGCUGGACAUGUCGCAAACCCCGAGCCAGGGCGGCGAGCCUGUUAAUAGUAGCGAUGGUGACUACGAAAGCUUGCCGCCUCAUGUCUCCGUGACGACACACAUGACAGCGGGCGCCGUGGCUGGCGUGCUGGAACACACGGUCAUGUACCCGGUGGACUCUGUCAAGACAAGGAUGCAGAGCCUGCAGCCUGACCCAAAUGCCCAGUACAGAGGUGUCUAUGAAGCUCUGAAAAGGAUCAUCCACACAGAGGGCUUCUUCAGACCGCUCAGGGGCCUCAACAUCACCAUGAUGGGCGCUGGUCCUGCCCAUGCACUUUACUUUGCCUGCUACGAAAGAGUCAAACGCUCCCUGAGUGAUGUCAUUCAAAAUGGAGGCAAUAGCCAUUUGGCCAACGGUAUUGCAGGCAGUGUGGCCACUGUCCUUCAUGAUGCCGUCAUGAACCCUGCAGAGGUCGUGAAGCAGAGGAUGCAAAUGUACAACUCACCCUAUCGUGGACUUUGGGACUGCGUUCGGACAGUGACACGCACGGAGGGCAUGGGCGCCUUCUACCGCAGUUACAGCACACAGCUGACCAUGAACAUCCCCUUCCAGGCCGUUCACUUCAUUACCUACGAGACCAUGCAGGAGUGGUUAAACCCCCACAGACACUACCACCCCGGCACCCACAUUGUAUCCGGCGCGGCAGCGGGCGCCAUUUCCGCUGCCGUCACUACACCGCUUGAUGUUUGCAAGACGUUGCUCAAUACACAGGAGAACGUGGCUCUUAGUUCGAUGAACAUCAGUGGCCAUUUAACAGGAAUGGUGAAUGCAUUCAGGACAGUGUACAAGCUUGGUGGUUUGGGGGCUUUCUUUAAAGGGGUGCAGGCUCGGGUUAUAUACCAGAUGCCCUCCACUGCCAUUGCCUGGUCUGUGUACGAGUUCUUCAAAUACUUUCUGACAAAGAAGGAGGCAGGACCUGUGUCUAUAAAUGGAAAGUGAACCUAGCCUACUAUGAUGUUUGAGGAAGUAACUUGUGUGAGUGAUGUGCUUCAAUAUUCCUACACGCACAUCUUAGAUUUUUUGUUGUAAAGUCACAAGGGCAAAUGAAGUCACCUUUCAGCAUUCUUUACAACAUGCUCUGGCCAAGUUGUCUUCAAUGACGUUUAUAGUUCUUGAUAUUGGAGCUAUUUAUUUAUUUGUGAGGCAAAUAUUUUUAGGGAUUGCAGAAGGAGGAACUUCAAUGUUGCUUUAUAUGUCUAUUUAUUGUCAACAAACAGUCCUUUUUUCACUUCAAUGUAAAAUACCAAUACUCACUCCUCCCAAGUGCCUCAUUACAUACUACUAAUAUAUUUUUGGUUGAAGCAAAAAACUAUAAUUGAUUGUCUACCUUCCUCUUUUAUAUUUCGGGAUGGGCAUUUGACUACAUUUUUCUUUUUUGUUUAAAUAUUAUGCUUACAUGGCAUAUACAAGGAUCUCUCUGAAUGAUCUGAACUCCUGUUUCAAUACCAGAGUUGUAUUGAGUGGCCCUGUGAGGUCAUAGCGGAUGUUUUCAUGGAUGUGACUCAACUUCCCAUAGCUUACGUCACAUGCCUCUUUAGACUUCAAACUAGUUGACUGAAUCUACAGCGUCUCUGCUGGUUGAAACCCAGAACUGCACUCCAUUUUGCCUCAGUAGCUUAAGAUAUGAUUAUUGAACAGUCACUUCCACGCAAUGACAUAGACGCAUAGACAAGUCAUAGGCAAUCAAUGCAUGAAUUGAUUUGUAUGCACGUCUCUGUCUAUUUUCUCUUCUUGGAGAACAUCUGUCUCAUCCUGAAGGUGUCUACAGACCUUUUGAAUCACGCACAAUGUACAAUAGAGGUUAAUAGACAGAGGGCAGCUCUUAGAGCCGAUAAGGCCAUUACAUUCACAGACUUUAAAUACUGUGCUGUUACAGACUUUGUGGUAGUUUUACCUUGAACAUGCAAGACUACAAAAUUAUGUUUUACUUAGUUUUUUUGCUCCCCCUUGCUUUGUGCUCACAUUCCUUCAACUGUUGACAGAAGAUGCCAUCCUGAAGUGUUUUGUUAUGGUCAUGUACAGAAAGCUGAAACUUAACCCACCAAAGACAUUGUAUUGUAUGGAGUGGUAUUUUUCUAUGCAUCUUCUUUAACCCAUCAUAUCCAGUUGUCCACCAUCAUUUUUUUUGCGUGUGUCUCUUCCUGGCUCUGCAUUGUUUAAAACGUGUUGGGCAUCAUUUGCUCUUCCUCCAACAAAAGUCUAUUGCUAAUCUUUCCGCUCAAGCAAUGGCAGUUUGAAGAGGAAAUGGUUUGUUAUUGUAGGUUUUCAAUCCAUAUGGAUAUGUUAAAGAUUGUCUUUAUCAUUCAAUCUGCUUGUUUAUAUACACUUUCUAAAAGCCAUAGACGCACAUGCAACGUUUCCCAUGAGCAAAUGGGAAUGCCUUUUUUUUAAACUUUAUUUAUAUAAUUUGCAGCAACCUAACUCACUACUCUUGGAAAGAGCUCUUGACUAACAGUUGACCAUCACUGUGUAAUUCUCAGCUGUUAUCCAGAGCAGCACUGGUCAUUGAGUGCAAGAUAGUGAAGGGAUGUGAGGAUUUUUAAAAAAUCUUUUUUGCGUGCCAUUAUGUUAUGCUGUUUAUGCACAAAUAACUGAAAACACGAUUGGGUGGAAUUGUGCAUCUGCAGGAUUUGAAUCUAUUCAUAACAUGCAAUCAGGAAAUCUUUGUGACAAUGCUGCUACAGUAUGUAACACUGGAGCUAAAAUAAACAUGCAAGUGGUGAAUGAAGUGUGUCUGUGUGAGUCUGUUGUGUAGCCAGCAGGGGGCCCUCUAGGCCCAUACUGUACUCCAAAGCACAUGUGAGUCACUGAUGUUAGGAGGGCAUAGAAGUCUUAUACCACAAUUGUCCAGAGUACAGUUGACAUUUAUUUGUAGUCAAAAUGUAG